AUGUUUAUCUCGCAGAUAUUUAUUUUGUCUCCGCGAGGAGACAAACUUAUUUUCAAGGAUUAUCGACAGGAUGCCCCUCGCAAUACCGACGAAAUCUUCUUUCGCAAGUACAAGUUCUGGGACGGUGCGCAGGGCCAUGCACCGGAGGGUGAUUGCCCGCCGUUUUUCAUGGAGAAGCACGUGAACUUCUGUUACGUCAAGCGACGCGAGCUUCUCUUUGUAUGCACAUCUGUGGUGAACGUGUCGCCAAGCCUCACGCUGGAGAUUCUGCUGCGGAUCAUCAAGGUGAUCAAAGACUACUUGGGCGUUCUCUCGGAGGAAGGCAUUCGCAGGAACUUUACGCUGGUGUACGAACUGCUGGACGAGAUGAUUGACGUUGGGGUCUCGCAGGAGCUCAAUACCGAAAACCUGCGACCGUACAUCUUCAAUGAGGUCGUCCGCGUGUCGGGCUCCGAGACCCCCACAGGGAGCUCGUUUUUAGGACGCCUAAGACGAGGCGAGUUCUUGGAUAAGACACGACGGGGUGAUGCCACCGCCAAUUCCAUUCUUCAGGCUUCGAGUGAUCGGAAGAACGAGAUAUUUAUCGACAUUUUGGAGCGGCUUAACAUUGUGUUCAACAGCGCAGGGCAAGUGGUGAUGUCGGACGUGGAAGGUUCUAUCGUAUUGAAGAGUUUUCUGGCCGGUUCCCCCUCUUUGCACGUUCGCUUCAAUGAGGAUUUAGUAGUGGGGCGGGGUGAUGCAAACAAGGAACGGUACGCAUCCGUUGUGCUUGACAGUGUGAACUUCCACGAGGACGCCGACUACUCCGGCUUUGAGGGGGAGCGCAGUCUGUCGAUACGGCCACCAGAAGGAGAGUCCACGCUUAUGAACUACAGACUGGGUGGGAGAGGUACGCCGCCAUUUCGUCUUGUACACUCCAUGGAGCUUCUCACAACCCACCGCGCGGAAUUGAUGCUCCAGAUACGGGCGGACAUUCCCGUCUCAACAAACGGCAUUGGUUUCAGUGUCAUUGUUCCCAUGCCUUCGAUCUGUACCGCCGCCAGCGUGGAGUUUGGUCUCGGGGCCACAGAGCAGACAUAUGAAUACAAGGAAGAAGAGAAGUGUGUGAUCUGGUACAUUGGGAAAUUUUUGGGUGGAACGGAGCAGCUGUGCAAAAUUCGAUUCUCCACGUCUUCACCCAUCAAAGCCGCGACGAAGCGUAGCGUGGGUCCCAUUUCCAUGCGAUUUGAGAUUCCGCAGUACAGUUUCUCGGGUCUGUGCAUCAGAGUGCUUCGUCUCGAGGAACGCAGCAGCUCGUACAAUCCAACACGCUGGAUUCGUAACGUGACACUUGCGAACUCGUACGUGUUUCGUACCUGCUGA